UCUCUCUCUCUCUCUCUCUGUGUACAAUACCAUCAGAAGAAUCAGAACCCCACCACCAUGGCCAAAACCUUGUACAAAAUGAGUUCCAUUAUCUUCAUCAUGUUCUUUUUCUCUCUCCUCCUUCUCGGAAACUCUCACACUUUCUCCAGAAACUUGUCCAAAGAAUCACUCGAUCUCAAAGAAGAAAAACUAGCCCACCUUCACUUCUACUUCCAUGACGUAGUCACCGGCCCAAACGCCACCGCCUACCGUGUCGCCCAGGCCACGAUUACAAACACAUCCGCCACUGGAUUCGGCGCCGUGGUCGUGCUCGAUAACGCCUUGACGGAAGGCCCAAACUUGAGCUCGAAACUCGUCGGAAGAGCGCAGGGAAUCUACGCGCUGGCGGCGUUGAAUGAAUCGUCGUUGUUGAUGGUUUUAAACUUUGAAUUUAUCGAAGGGGUGUAUAAUGGGAGUACUUUGACCAUAUUGGGGAGGAAUCCGGUGUUUUCUCCUGUGAGAGAAAUGCCGAUCGUCGGAGGGAUUGGAGUUUUCCGGUUUUCUCGUGGAUAUGUUCAGGCAAAGACUUUCUUUUUUGAUAUGAAAACUGGGUAUACUGUUGUGGAAUACAAUGUCUAUGUCCUCCAUUAUUAACUUCUGUUUUUCAUUUCUUUCUAUAUAUCCUAUUAUGUCAAUAAUAUCAUUUAUAAAUGAUUGUUCUCCGUAAAUUUUUUUUUUUAAUUCAAC